UGAAUGGAGUGGGUUUUGAGAAGCACAAGUAUUCAUGAAUGAUAUAACGAAAGGAAGUGUGGAAAGGGCUAUGUGUAGGUACUGGCCCACAGAAAUGUGCAGCCUGCAUCCAAGAGGACAUUUACGAAGAACCUUUGUCUCUUCUAGAUGCCAGCUCAGCUUUCCCAGACAAUGCGGCUCGCAGGGAAGUGGAAAAUCUACCUGCAGUUUGUAACAAUGAGAGCUGCACCUGGAAGGGCACUGUUAAAGAGUAUGAGGCUGACCACGAGGGAAGAUGUGAGUAUACAUUAAGGCCUUGCGAAGCAUGCAGCAAGAUGGUACGUCAACUCGACCUGCCCCGCCAUUUGGAGCGAGAGUGUCCUGAAAGGAAUCUCAACUGCAAAUUCUGUAAAUCAUUGUUUCACCACAAGGACAUUAAGGCCCAUGAUGAAAUCUGUUCCAAAUUUCCAUUAACAUGUGAGUGGUGUGGAAAGAAAAAAAUUCCAAGAGAAAAGUACUCGGAUCAUAUUCGGACAUGUGGGAAGGUGAAAUUACCUUGCCGCUUUAACGUGAUUGGCUGUGAAAUAACUGCUGAAAAGGAGAAGUUGGCUGAACAUGAGAACCUGUGUGUGGUGGAUCACAUGCAGAUGAUGCUUCAGAAUGUGAUGGGAAUAAAGACUGCUGUGGAAAGCCUACAACCUCUGCAUCUGCAGCAGGCCAGGCUCAAAGUCAAUCAGCUGUUUACCUCCAUUCGUGAAAUGGAGGAGACCCUGGGACCGUUACGAUCAAUUGGUCUUGGUGAACGAGGCUCCUCCUCCCCAGGUGAGGACCUGGGGAAACAUUACCUGUCGGAAAGCUUAGAGGAUGUGCAAAAGCGAUGUGUAGCUCUUAAGCACAAAGCCGAAACAUUUGAAAACAUUGUUUGUGUUCUCAACCGUGAAGUGGAGAGAGCGUCAGUGAGCAUGGCAGCUUAUGAACAGCAACACAAACUGGACCAGGAGAAGAUUGAAGCCUUACAAGCAAAGGUGCGUCAGAUGGAACGUGCAACAGCCUUGAAAGACCUGUCCAUAGCAGAGCUGGAACUGAAGCUACAGGCACUGGAGCACAGCACUGACAACGGAAUCUUUAUUUGGAAAAUAUCAGAUUUCAGUAGAAGACGACAGGAAGCUAAAACCCAGCGAUCGCCUGCUAUAUUCUCCCCAGCUUUCUACACCAGCAAAUAUGGCUACAAGAUGUGCCUGCGUGUCUAUCUGAAUGGUGAUGGUGUGGGACGUGGAACCCACAUGUCUCUCUUCUUUGUCAUUAUGAGAGGAAACUACGAUGGUUUGUUGAGGUGGCCUUUCAAACAAAAGGUCACUCUGUUGCUGAUGGACCAGACUAACCGUGAGCACAUCAUCGAUGCAUUCAGACCAGACAUCAAUUCCUCCUCAUUCCAAAGACCAGUCACCGAGAUGAACAUUGCCAGUGGGUGCCCUCUUUUCUGUCCACUUAGCAAACUGGACAACAAGAACAAUUACUCGCGUGAAGACUGCAUUUUUAUCAAAGCCAUCGUGGAUUUAACUGACCUGUAACAAACCUUUCAUCAUUCACUGCAAUGGGCUGCUGUCCACUGUACAAUGCAGCAACAGUUGACUAUCUUAGUGGUGCUGUGCUGCUGGUCACGGUGUGAGUGAGUGGUGUGUGCACCGCACUGAGCACUAUUUCCACGUUACCUGCCAUAGCUUAAGUUAUUCUUUGUUGCUGAGUCGUUAUCCUGGAGUAGAUCAACCUCCUACACCUCUGCCAUUAAACUAGGUAAUGGCUGGCCUGUCAUUAGCAGAUGGGAGUUAUCUUCAACAGACAUUGUAAUUAAGAAACAAUGUACAUUAGAACGGCACAGUGGCUCAGUGAUGUUAGCACUGCUGCCUCACAGCGCUAGCGACCUGGGUUCCAUUCCAUCCUGGGGUGACUAUGUGGAGUUUGCAUGUUCUCCGGUUUCCUCCCACAGUCCAAAGAUGUGCAGGCUAGGUGGAUUGGCCAUGUUAAAUUGCCCAUAGUGUCCAGGGAUGUGCAGGCUAAAUGGAUUAGCCAUGGGAAAUGCAGUGUUACAAGGAUAGAGUAGGGGAUAGGGUCUGAGUGGGAUGCUGUUUGGAGGAUUGGUGUGGGCUUGAUGGGCCAAAUGGCCUGCUUCCACACUGUAGAGAUUCUAUGAUUCUAAUCAAAUGAGCAUGUAGCCGUUCUGCAGCUUAUACUGUUACUGGUUUGUAUCUCCCUGUAAAGAGAGGUUCCAUUGCAGGAGCUUCUUGAUUAUUGCAGACUUGCCAGAGAUAGCAGCAUCUUGAUGGCCACACUGUGAGCCAAAGCCACAAACUGUGUUUGUGAAAGAAAGACGAGAGACAGCAGCUUAAGGCAAGGCACAGUGGAUGUACCUUUCCCUUUCCCCUUGCUGAGGCACACCACAGUCAGUGACACAGCACAUCCUCAAGCUGAGUGUGAACAGAGUUGGGACUGUCUGCCCCACGAGCAUCCUCCACUUGGCAGCGUGAGCUUUGUCAGCUGGGAGCGAGUAGUUCCCUGCGGGAGAGAAAGAGCAGCUAUUCUUGUCUUCCAUGUUCACAGCUCUUCAGUCACACAGUGAGCUGCAGAGUUAACCUGGAAGAGGUCACAGUCCCUGUAAUAAUGAUUCACUUGCUGUGCAAUGUAUGCAAUGUGCCACUCCCAGCUUGGCAUUAAAGGAACCUUAAAUAGUUUGUGCGUUGCACCUAGAGUAGAAUACUCACGUUGAUUGCUGUCAGUCGCAGUGUGACCUCCAUCUCCAUGUUAAGUCCACCUGGACAGUGCCAUUAAUAAUGAGGUGGUGUCUCUAACCCUGAGCUGUGUAACUGGGUGGCCGUUUAACUGUGAAGGUAUGUUUCCUUGCCUUGGUGGUGAUGUGCACCGUGGAGGUAACACACUUAAGAGGAGAGGAUGGGCUCACUAACAACUCCCAAACAUCGAGUUCAUGUUGGAAGGCAGAAGCUUGACUCAGCAAUGCUUAGAAUCUCUCCAUCAGGACUUUGAGUGCUGGUUGUGUUUAUUUACCCUUUUAUAUAUUAACAGCCUCUAGCUCAUUAUUUUAUAAGCAAAACAUAAUAAUUUAUAAGUUUUACACAGUAAUUCCAGGUGAUGAAGUGACUGUUGAGAAUGAAUGGAGCUCUAAGAAGCUUAAUUCCUUCUGAUGUCUCUGGAUGGGCCAAGGCUUCAGUAUGGAAGAGUUUCGACAAGAUACCAGACCUGCAUGCUCCACCAAGAGAGUUCACCCGAGCAAUGGGUAGGUGACAAAAGGGUCCGGUCCUGAUCCAAGACGGAAAAGAGGAUAUUGGCAGCAGGUGUUCCGGUGCCUCUCUCCCUUUGUUGUGAAUCUUAGAGCAGAGACCUGAUUGAUUGUUAGAAUUGGGAAGUGUCCAAUAUAACCUGGCUCAUCGUUGCUUGCCUUGUCCAUAGGUUGUGUGGUACUAUUGGCUGAAGCAUAGUGAAAUGCUUUUGGUCAGAGCGUAUGAUGUUAGCUGACCAUGUGAGAUGGUGAGACACAGACAUUAAGUAAGAAUUAUUUCAAGAUACUGAGAGACUUGGAGUUGAGGAAAAAAUUACCAUAAAUCAAUUCAUGUUUAAUUGGGAACAUUUCCAACUUUUCCGUUGGGUGAAUCUAUGGUUUUGGAAAGUUCCCGUUAGGUCUGAAUAUGGCCAUUGAUACUCACUGGAUCACCUGUCAUAAACUACUUGAACAAAGUAUCAUGAAUCUGGCACACUCAGGUGUUUGGGAGGAAAGUGUGGAUGCUCCGUUGGGAAGAUUUCGCCAAUGAACUGGACUGAAUUCUGUGCAUUACGGGAAUUUCCCAGUGGCUAGGCAGUAGUUUUAGCAGUUGUGAAAGUGGACUGGUAUUGGUUAGUCUUGAUGCGAGGGAUUGCUGACCAAAUGGCACUGCUCAUACAGCCUCACCUUUGGAAUCCCUAGUAGUAAAAUUUGAUGUUUUCGAGAUUAACUGCUGCCCCUGUCCAUAGCUGUACAAUGACAGAGAACAUAAAUGGCUGAGUGAAUAUUGUGUUCAGUAUGUUUUACCCUGAUUCCUGCUUUGAUUGAUGGAAUAUGUAAGUAAAUUGAGCAGUGAGUUGGAGUUCUGCAGCUUUCCAGCCAGGUGAGUGUGGAAAGACGUGAUGGUUCUUGCAGGCAGUAUGUGGGACUGUAUGGAGGAGUAUGUUUUCAGGGAAACGGUGAAAUGAACAGAGACAAAAUCUCAGUGCCACUCUGAUAUUUCACGACAAGGGGAGCAGGAGCAGGUAUAUGGUGUGGUGGCCAGUGGCUUCUGCACUAUGGAGGGAGAGUUUAAUGUAGCUCCGUGAAGGAGUGGGUUAGAUGUGAGAUUGUGCUACCUAGUUUGGAGGAAGUUGUAAAAUGCACACCACAUGUUCUUGUGGAUACUAACUAUGAUUGGAUCUGCAUCAAAAACUGUGAGCUGCUAUUAAAAUAAAAUACCAAUAAAAGCAUCAUAGCUCUAUUUCUUUCCAGCGGUUGGCAACAGGCUAUUGCUGGGUUGUAAUGUAUAUGCUAUGCUUCCUCAUAGUGGCAACUUGUGUGUGGAUCUGUGGGCAGUGGGAGCAUGUUCCCUUUCCUCCUGGGGAUUCAGGAGGGAAUGGUCUGUGUAAGAAUAUGUGCUUUACUCAGGAUGGUUUGGGUCUGUGUUAUGAGAGUAACGGUUUAAUGCAAGUUGAUGGGGGUAAGACAUACUUAAUGGACUUGAGUCUCUUUGAACUGAGAGGUCGAGAGCAUUCGGGCUUGAAUGAAUACCUUAGGGUCAUGUUAGCUGACUGCCUGGAUUUUGUACACAGCAGUUUUCCUUAACGUUAAUAUUGUAGGUAAAUACUUUUAUGAGGAAUGGGCUACUUUCUCAGCUUUCAUAUCUUGCAGUUAGGAUUAGCAAAAUUACAGGAUUGAUAGUAAACAGUGGCAGUAAUCAAAAUGGCUUUGAGUGUCAAAAUAUAUCAAACUGAAUGAAAUUGUGGGCAGAGAUCCUUGCUAUUUGGCCAGUGUUAACUGAUGCACAUCUCAGCAAAGGGUGGAUGAAACCAAAAGUGCAGUACCAUGAACAUUCCAGGUUCCAGUGAAAGUGAAGGCGAAAACAAACUGGAAACUGUGAGAAUCUCCAGGGAAUCUAAGCUGGGCUCCUGCUGUAAUCCAGGAAGCAGCAUCAACAAUAAACCAAUGAACUGCUAUUAAAAUAAAAAACAAAUAAAAGCACCUCAGCUCCUAUUUCUUUCCUGCAGUCGGCAACAGGGUGCUGCUGGAUUGUAUUGUGUGGACCACGUUACCUGCCAUUGGCAAUAGUAACAGCUUGUAUGUGGAUUUGUGGGCAGUGCAUGGGCAUGCUGCCUUUCCUUCUGGGGAUACAGGAAGGAAUGGUCUAUAAGAACAUGUGCUUUAUUCAGUAUAGAUUGGGUCUGUGUUGUUUAGAAUAGUAGUUUAAGGCUAGUUGAUGUGGGUCAGCAGACAUAUUUAAUGGACUUGAGCUUCUCUAAACUGUGUUUGUGUGUGUGUGUGUGUGUGAGAGAGAGAGAGACACCUGUACAUUGUGUGUGUAGAAUGUAUGCAUCCGUUGGGUUCAAGGUGGGUUUUAUUGCUGUACACGACUUUUCCUUGUAUUGGUUGCUAAUCCACACACAGCUAUAAAGAAAAUUGUUUUGUUUUUAUUAAACCAGAAUUGAUUUAAUUUUACCGUUA